AUGAUUGGGCCGAGGGCUGUGGCUGGAGAAGUGUACUAUCUUGUAGUGAUCAUUGAUCAUGCAACUCGGUUUGUGGUAGCUGGAGUAACAACUGACAAGAGAGCGUCAACAGUAGCGGAGUUGUUUAGAGACUGUUGGUAUAGGUACUUCGGAGCACCGCUAGCUGUGUUGGUUGACGGGGGCACUGAAUUCAAAGGAGAGUUCUUUGACCUGGUUCAGAAGUGCUGGAAGUGCAGGUUAUAUGUGACUGCGCCAUACCGACCACAAGGGAACGGUGUUAACGAGUCGAGUCACCGUGGAAUAUCGAAGGCUUUGCAUGGAGCGGAUGUUCGGAGUGGUCCGGAGGUGCGCGAGGCUGUGAGUUCUGCUGUGCUUGCGCACAACAACAUCCCUCACCCAGCGACAGGGCUAGCACCAGUGAUGGCGUUGAUAGGAACUGACGCAAGGUACCCAAAUGAGCUGCCUUAA